AUGAGCUGGAACUCUGAUUUCAUUGAAACUCUUGAGCUCCGCAACCUCUUUCAGUGCGCAGUCCAGUCCAUCACUGCUGUUGCCGCCUGCAAGGAGCUUAUGGUGCCCACGCUCCAUGACGACGGGAGCUGGGCGAAACACGCACUCAUCUGCAGCACAAUUUCUCGACACCUGAGGUCGACAAUCAAGUGCCGUUGCAUAUACAAGACCCUCGACGAGAACGAGCGCCAGCUUGUACCACUAUUCAAGCGUGUCUACUAG